AAUUUAACGUGACCCUCCCCCCCACCUCAAAAAAAUUUAACAUGGCCCUCCCCCCGACAGGCAUCAUUCAAGGGGUAGAAAAACAACGCCCGGCGUACAACUGGUAUAGCUCAUGCAUGUCAAAUGCAUACCGGGUGACGGAUGUCGCAUUCACAUGUGUAUUUGAAAACAACAACAACAAAAAAAACACAUUAAAAGUUGUAAAAUCGUGUUAAGAUCUGAAGCGAUCUACUAUUAGUGUAACUACGGUAAAGCAUUGAAAUUGGUUUAAUUAACGUUACAUAUUCAACGUUACUAGAGGUUUUUAUAAAAACCAAAUCAAUCACAUUACGAUACGGCCGAUUUGCACUCUCGUCUGACGUGAAACAGAUGGUGAAAACCGGAAGUGAAGAGAUCGUUGGAAGCUACUAUUUAUUAAAAAAUAGAAGAUUGAAAACAUAUAUAAAAACAUUUGAAAUGUAAAAAGCAAAGAAAUGUUUUUUUUUAUCAAUCAAAGCUUUCAGAAACAUCCGGCGCCAUGUGCCGCAGCUGGUACGAAAAUGAUAAACUCACCCAAAACAAAGCAGGGCAAGCUCAGCACUUGAAAUCGUGACCUGAGUUUUUAGAUUUGUAGCUGACCGUGUGCUAUUCGCUAAACAGAAUCAGACAGGAAAAUUUUCGUUUCCGUGCAGCUGGGAGAGAAUAGACAAUGGUGUGCAAAAAGAACACUGACCGUUGCAACUUUCCGCCCUGCAUCCACUAUGCGUCCACAUUCGCGCGCGUCGUCUCACUGACUUCAAAUUUAAUCGUCCCCAUAUGUUUUGCACCACAAUAGUACACGUGACUUGAUCGAAGGCUCUGAUUCGCUGAAUGUCUGAAAGCAUGACCCCUGACCUCCAGUUAGCGCGAAGUUGUGAUUUCUGUGUCGCUUGCCCGCUGCUAUUCUUCAAUACGCAAUCAGUUUUCAUAGUGUCAAAUCGUCAGUUUUUUGAGUGGAGAUCAACAGUAAUAGAAUGAGAGACAAACGCGGAGUGUGGAGAGGUGCGUGCACGCGAAGAACAUGCCCUGCAGACUGCACCGAGUAUGAUAGGGAGGACGGGAAAACUUCGUGUGGGUACUGUGGCUGUCCCCCUGGGGAACACCGAGAAGUCACCGCACCUCAGGAGACAAGUGAUGCGCCGUCAGCUGCUUCUACUAGUUCUACCAGCAGCGCGUUCCACAAGAUUUCAGACAAGAGGAAGGAAAGCUUUGGCUGGGUAAAGCUGGCCAAGGCUGGAAAAACCAAGUUCGGCAACUCCAUCCUGCCGGCAUUCCAUGAGGCGUACUACCCUGUGAGCCAGAACCCCGUCACCUUUCGCAGGGACUUCCUGGUGGAACGCGACAGAGAGUUUUCUGUGAAGGAAGAAGUGUCAAAGAUUUCCCGGCUGAUCGACUUCAUCCGGGGUGACAAUUCAGCGGCUGCUGGAAGAUUUUUGUCCACAUCAUUCCGUAUCAAGGGAGAAAAGGACAGUACCACCAUACAGAACAACAUCGACAAGCUGAAAGCCCUGCAGGAAAGGCUGUUGCAGAUAGAAAAGGAGCUGCAGACCCACGACGCAACACUUUUCAAGUCAGGGGGGCGCCAUGUCAAGCAAGGACGCACCACCAUGCAUGCUUUCAACACAGAGCAGCUGGACUGCAUCAGUAACCUGAAGGCAACUGUCAAAGCUACACUAGAAAAGUUGGAGGACGCUCUAAAGAGAGUAAAAAGAAUCUACAAAGUUGAGCGGACGACAAGACAGUCCAGAAAAAAAAAGCAGCAGCGGACCAAGAAGAAGAAGAAAAAGCAGGCGAGGAAAGAGAAGGGAGUGAUGGAAGUGCUAGAUGUGAUUGCCCCAAACAAGGGUGAUCCUAUCAUGGAGGAGGAUAUCAACACAGAAGACGUGAAAAAACUGGACUUCCACAAAGCACCAUAUGUUCUCCAUAUUCUCCAUGAAGAUAGUCUGACAAUAGGUGCACGGGUGAAGAUUAAGGACAGUCUUAAUGACAGCUGUGGGAAGGUAGUCGACAGACUGGUAAAGGAGCGACACGCAUCCUGCCGUGGAGACUGUGAGGCAGAUUUCCUCUGCCCAGUAAACUGGAAGUGUUCCAGCUUACUGAGCCAGCUGGGUGGGGAGACCUACAAACACAUGUUUGCCCCUGGGCAGACUGGUCUGCCUCAGCUCAGCCUGAAAGACAUGGAAAAAGAAGUGCUGAGGACCUGCACUGAUGGGGACAUCCUACAACUCCUCGCCGACCAUGGAUGUUUCGAGCAGCGAGCAGAGGAGAAAGUCAAUGCCAGACUUGCAGAACUGAAAGGUGAGAGUGUCUUGGAGGAUGUCUGGGAGAGUGACCAGGAGUGGGAGUGACCAGAAGUGGGAGAGACCAGAAGUGGGAGAGACCAAGAGUAGACAGUAGAUAUAGCCAAUAGUAGAUAUAGCCAAAAUUUGAAUUAUUUUAGUUACUUGUUAGAACUUGUGUCAACCAUUAUUACAUCUCUUUUGUCCUUUAC